UGAUGACGGGGAAUUGAGUCGUCGUAGCUAAAAUUUAAGUUUAUACAGCUUAUUUGUAUUGCAUUAUUCAAUGUUAACGUAAAGUUUUAAAUUUUGUAUGUAUAUAUAUAUUUUUUCGAUUAAAGUUUUUAGCUUUUACUUUAACUUGUUUAAAAUUCAUUAAAUAAAUACGGGCUGAAGGGAUUAAUUAGCACGAUGUUUAUAUGGAUAUUUUUCGCUGUAACCGGUUUUAAAAUUUUAUUAAUGCCGGCAUACUACUCUACUGAUUUUGAAGUUCAUCGGAAUUGGAUGGCUAUAACUCAUAAUUUACCUUUAUCCAAAUGGUAUUAUGAAAAUUCGAGUGAAUGGACAUUAGAUUAUCCUCCUUUUUUUGGAUAUUUCGAAUGGAUUCUUUCUCAAUUUGGCAAUGUUGUAGAUCCACAAAUGAUUAAAAUUGAGAAUGUGAACUACAAUUCGACUAAAACCGUUAUUUAUCAAAGAUCGACGGUGAUUGCCUCAGAUAUUGUCUAUGCAAUGGGUGUUAGGAUGAGCCUUAGAGCGUUGAAUUAUAAUUAUGGAACUAGAUUUAAUUUAGGAUCAACGCUUUUACUGGCUAAUGUUGGGUUGUUGUUAGUUGAUCACAUACACUUUCAAUACAAUGGAUUUUUAUGUGGUAUUCUACUCAUAAGUAUGAGUUUAGCUUUGAAACGAAGAUUUCUGUUAUCAGCUUUGUUCUUCACAAUACUGAUAAACAUGAAGCAUAUAUUUUUAUAUGUUGCACCCGUUUUUUGCGUAUUCUAUUUGAAAUUUUACUGUUGGGAGAGCAAGAAACCUUUAAUUAGUUUUUUAAAACUCGUACUUGUUGGAUUAUCAAUUUUUUCUAUAUCGUUCGGACCGUUUUAUCAACACAUUCCACAGAUAUUAUCUAGAUUAUUUCCAUUUAAAAGAGGUCUAAUGCAUGCAAAUUGGGCACCAAAUUUUUGGGCUUUGUACAACACUGCUGAUAAACUUAUAGCAAUAUUAAAAGGAAAAUCAGAUUUUAGCGGAAAAUGGACUAGUGGUUUAGUUCAAAAUUACAGUCAUGAUAUGCUGCCUUCUGUAACACCUUUUGUCACUGUUGUUCUGACGGUUACAUUUAUGAUACCUUGUCUUGUUAAACUAUUAUUUUUCACCAGUCCAAGGAAUUGUUACCGAGAUUUUAUCAGAUCUGUAGUGGUUUGCACUUUAACAUCUUUCAUGUUUGGAUGGCAUGUUCAUGAAAAAGCAAUACUGAUAGUUAUUAUACCAUUGAGUCUUUUGACUUUGCUUGACUAUCUGGACGCAAAAUGUGGAUUUAUUUUGUGGUUUGCUGGGCACUGGUCUUUACAUCCUCUACUUUUCAAACCAGAUUUACUGCUAAUUAAAUAUCCUUUAUUAUUCGCCUUCCAGUUCGGAUGCUUUGAAGCGAUGCGUACAAUGUACUCACAUUUUAAGUUAAAUAUUUUUGAAAACUUGUACAUUUUUGCAUGCAUUCCUUUAAUACUGUACCAGGAAGUUUUGCAAUAUUAUAUAUAUAAUUUGAGUGAAAAACUGCCGUUUCUCCCAUUAUUAUUAACUAGUUUAUAUUGUAGUGUAGGAAUUUUAUACUUUUAUAUAAAUUUUUACAUAAUAUUUUUAAGAGGGAAAUCGUGCAACAGGCAAAGUCAAACGAAAGAAAAAGAAACGAAAUCUGCAAUUGCUGUUUCUAAAAAUAAGCAAAAACAGAAAUCCAAAAAGACUAAAGUACAAUAAUUUUUUAAUCUGAGAAUUUUUCCUAAAGUGAAAAAAGCAAAUUUAUAUUAUUGAAAUAAUUUUUUAAUUAAUUAAAGGCGCAUACUUUUUUUAAA